GUCCCACGUUGGUCCCGACGCAGGUGAUUGGCCACCGACCUCUCUGCCUUCUUUCCCUGGGCGGGGCCAAGCGGCUGGUUUGCUCGAGGAGUGUGAAACCGCGUGUUAAUGUAACCAGCGCGGGCGGAUACAUUGUGUCCCGUUUAUUGAGAUUUCGUCGCCGCCAAGCUGGUUGUGUGUCCCGCGGAGUUUUCUUAUUACGCGCCGCUCUUGUUUCCAUGGAGGAAGAAUCCUUGUGAUUAUUUGGGGCGGGGGGCGGGGGGGUGUAGAUCGCCUUUUUCCCGCGCCGGCCUGGAUGUUUCCUCGAAGGAUCCUGGCGAGAACUUUAGCCCGGGAUUGAGCAAGAAAGAAGAGAGAGAGAAGGCCGCGGGAAGAGUUUCGCCUGCUUGGGAUGCUGCUGUUCCGAUCGCGUGUUUGUCUGGCGUGUGGGAAUCGCCUCGUGUCGUCUUCCAAUGUGCGGCGGGGCUAGGGAAGCUGCCCGGGGGGUGCCGCAAAGGGGAGCUGCCCCUUGAUUGCCGUCCCGUCUGCGGCGGGUGGGUCAGGGGAGGGGGCUGACUCCUGCGACUCUCGGGAGGAGGGGGGACCCUUCCUCGUUCGCUUGCCUCAGCCGGGCCGCUUCGAGCACGAUCUCCCGGCCCUCUGAUUUCCUCGCCCGUGUCCCGAGCGUGACCCGGCCUUGAGUUUCUCGUCAGACACGGGAGCAACGCGGCCUUUUGUACUGGGACUCCUCGCCCGGACCGGCCGCUUGACUAGCUUGGAUUUCCCCCCUCGGAGCAAAAGAAAGGGAGCCGCCGCCGCCUCCGCUCAGGCUUUCCGGUCUUACAAGUGUGUCGGGCAAGUUCGCCGCCGGCCGAGCAAGGGGCGCUUGUUUACUUCGCCAGAAAGGACGAGCCUCGCCAGCCACGAGGAAGGGGCCUGGACAGCACUUGCGGCCCCCGGUGCGCGGCCAGAGCUCGCCCCCUCCCCCCCCCCCCGCCGGUCAUAAACCAAGAGAACAACAAAGGAAGCGGCUGGGCUCGGUGGGCGCGAGGCGGUGGCGGGAGGAUGAGCCUGCCGCUGGGGCCACAGCCCGAGUAGCGCGCGUGUCUGCCGGCGCCCCCCGCCCGUCCGCGGGCAGUUCUCUGGGAUCUAAAGUUUGGGGCUCGACCCGAGGAUUGCGCUGCGGAGGAACCAGGCGGCGGCCAGAGCCAUGUUCCCUCAGAGUCGGCAUCCCACGCCACACCAGGCUGCAGGACAGCCCUUUAAGUUCACCAUCCCCGAGUCUCUCGACCGCAUCAAAGAGGAGUUCCAGUUCCUCCAAGCUCAGUAUCACAGCCUUAAAUUGGAAUGUGAGAAGUUGGCAAGUGAAAAGACAGAAAUGCAGAGGCACUAUGUGAUGUAUUAUGAAAUGUCAUAUGGAUUAAAUAUUGAAAUGCACAAACAGACAGAAAUUGCCAAGAGAUUGAAUACAAUUUGUGCACAAGUGAUCCCAUUUCUAUCUCAAGAACAUCAACAGCAAGUGGCUCAAGCAGUAGAACGUGCCAAACAAGUGACUAUGGCUGAACUGAAUGCCAUCAUCGGGGUACGUGGCCUUCCAGGUCUACCUCCUACACAACAACAGUUGCAAGCUCAGCACCUCUCGCAUGGCCAUGGACCUCCAGUGCCUCUAACGCCACACCCAUCAGGACUUCAGCCUCCUGGGAUUCCACCCCUUGGGAGCAGCGCUGGCCUUCUUGCCCUUUCUAGUGCUCUGGGUGGGCAGUCUCACUUGGCCAUAAAAGAUGACAAGAAGCACCAUGAUGCAGACCACCACAGAGACAGAGAUCCGGGCACAAGUAAUUCACUUUUGGUUCCGGAGAGCCUGCGGAGCACAGAUAAACGGAGGAAUGGUCCUGACUAUUCCAGUGACCUGAAAAAAAGAAAAGUGGAUGAUAAGGAUUCAAGCCACUACGACAGCGACGGUGACAAAAGUGAUGACAACUUAGUUGUUGAUGUAUCCAAUGAGGACCCUUCAUCUCCAAGGGCAAGUCCUGCUCAUUCACCUCGUGAGAAUGGCAUAGACAAAAGUCGCCUACUGAAGAAAGAUGCCUCUAGCAGUCCAGCAUCCACAGCUUCAUCAGGAAGUUCUGCUUCUAUGAAAUCGAAAGAGAUAGGUUUGCAUGAAAAAGCCAGCACACCUGUUCUUAAGUCCAGCACACCAACUCCACGAAGUGAUGUGCCUACCCCAGGAACGAGCGCUACACCAGGACUUCGUGCAGGCAUUGGUAAACCUCCAACAAUGGACCCUCUGGUUAACCAAGCUGCUGCUGGCUUGAGAACGCCAUUGGCCGUGCCAGGACCGUAUCCUGCACCGUUUGGAAUGGUACCUCAUGCUGGCAUGAAUGGAGAGCUGACCAGCCCAGGGGCAGCCUACGCCAGUCUACACAACAUGUCCCCACAGAUGAGUGCUGCUGCAGCUGCAGCCGCGGUGGUUGCCUAUGGACGGUCACCCAUGGUUGGAUUUGACCCUCCUCCUCAUAUGAGAGUACCUGGAAUCCCUCCAAAUCUGGCUGGAAUCCCUGGAGGAAAACCGGCUUACUCCUUUCACGUCACUGCAGAUGGUCAGAUGCAACCAGUUCCUUUCCCUCCUGAUGCACUUAUUGGGCCAGGAAUACCUCGCCAUGCUCGCCAGAUCAACACCUUGAAUCAUGGAGAAGUAGUGUGUGCAGUUACUAUCAGCAACCCAACAAGACAUGUAUAUACUGGCGGGAAGGGAUGCGUCAAAGUCUGGGAUAUAAGCCAACCUGGCAACAAGAGUCCUGUUUCUCAGCUGGACUGUCUGAACAGAGAUAACUACAUUCGAUCUUGCAAAUUGCUCCCUGAUGGAUGCACCCUGAUUGUCGGUGGGGAAGCCAGCACGUUAUCCAUUUGGGACCUGGCAGCGCCAACUCCACGUAUCAAAGCGGAACUGACGUCCUCUGCUCCUGCAUGCUAUGCUCUAGCAAUCAGCCCUGACUCCAAGGUUUGCUUCUCCUGCUGCAGUGAUGGGAACAUUGCCGUGUGGGAUCUCCACAACCAGACUCUAGUCAGGCAAUUCCAGGGCCACACAGAUGGAGCCAGCUGUAUUGACAUUUCUAAUGAUGGGACCAAGCUCUGGACAGGCGGUCUGGACAACACUGUGAGAUCCUGGGACUUGAGAGAAGGGAGGCAGUUACAACAGCAUGACUUCACGUCCCAGAUCUUUUCCCUUGGCUAUUGUCCCACUGGUGAAUGGCUUGCUGUAGGAAUGGAAAGCAGUAAUGUGGAAGUACUUCAUGUAAAUAAACCAGACAAGUAUCAGCUCCAUCUUCAUGAGAGCUGUGUGCUGUCACUCAAGUUUGCCUACUGUGGCAAAUGGUUUGUAAGUACUGGAAAAGAUAACCUCCUAAAUGCUUGGCGAACUCCAUAUGGUGCCAGUAUAUUCCAGUCCAAAGAGUCUUCAUCUGUACUGAGUUGUGAUAUCUCUGUGGAUGAUAAAUACAUAGUCACGGGCUCGGGAGACAAGAAAGCUACUGUCUAUGAAGUAAUCUACUGAAAAAAUGUUGUAAAUGUAACUUCUAAGAGUUGAACUGGGCCAAAAUGUUCUUAAUUUGUAGAAGUAGAAAUGCUUUACCUUUUUUAAUAAAAAAGGAAGAACUUGGUUCUCACAUCUUCACAUGAUGCUGUUCAGCAUGUAUUAAACAGAAGGCGACUUUUUGGACAUCCAGCUAUUGGCUAGUUGGAACGAUGUGAAGCAAGAAGGCAAGAUGGAUUAACGUAGCAUAGUUUUGGUGGCUUUUCAAAGCAAAGUAUGCUGAAGACUGUUACAGCUCCCCCCUCUCCUUUUAUGACCUCAAAGAUCAUGCUCAUUGCCUGAAUACGUGGGUUAUGUUUCAGUUCUUACAAUUCCACCUGCAUUCUGUUUUGUGUAGAGCAGUAGUAUCUUGGAUAAACUUGUUUCCUGGUUUUGCCUCUUGGGACAUGGGAGUUUUUGUAUUUUUUGUUGAAGAUCAAACGUUUGUACAAAUUGUAAAUAUAUUUGGUUUAUUACAGUAAAGGCUUUAGUAUCAAUAAAUUGUCUCUUUUCCCCCCGA